CAUUCUGUGCAGCACCAGAGUUUUGCGUGUGUUGGUCUGAAAACAAAUCCAUGCUACGACAUAUAAUUGACAAGCAAUCUUGAAGUGAAAUCCUUUUGCGUGGUUAAAAUGCCAGACCAUUUGUUGCAGUGGUGUGUGGAGCAGUUACAGCACAACUUUGGUUUGGAAGCAUCCGAAGACAUCGUCAAAUACAUUAUUUCCAUCGAAAAAGCUGAGGAGAUUGAGGAGUAUGUGGGCGACCUUCUCCAGGGCACAGAUGGGCGGAAAGGACAAUUCAUUCAAGAGUUCCUCUGCAGAUGGAAGAAGACUCAAAGACAGGCAGGAGAUACGUCUGCGAUUUUCCUGUUCAAAGAGUCAACAUCAACAGCAGACUCACAGGACAUAACCAAGGACUUCCAAAAGAAGUCUAAACGUAAGGGUCGGAACAAACAUGAGGUGUUGACUGUGAGUCAAACAGACCCCGAGCCAGAGGCCGUCAAAACCCCCAUCGAUCUGAUGAGGGUUCAAGAAAACAGUACUUCUUCAACAAAAAAGAAAAACAAGUUUACAAGCUUGUAUGGCAAAGAGGGACAGGACAAGCUGACUGUGAUCCUCCCUGGCCGACACAGCUGUGAGUGCCUAGCUCAGAAGCACAGACUUAUCAACAACUGCAUCAGCUGUGGUCGCAUUGUAUGUGAGCAAGAGGGAUCUGGGCCCUGCCUUUUCUGUGGUAACCUGGUCUGCACCAAAGAGGAGCAGGAGAUCCUGCUACGUGACUCAAACAAAAGUCAGAAAUUAAGAAAGAAGCUAAUGGGAGAUUGUGGUGAAAGGGAUUACCUGGCACUUCAAGAAGUCAAGAUGAAGGCUGGCUUGGAGAAGGCUGUCCAGCACAAAGAAAAACUUUUAGAAUACGACAGAAAUAGUGUUAAGAGAACUCAGGUAUUAGAUGAUGAGUCAGACUACUUUGCUACUGAAUCCAACCAGUGGUUGCCUGCUGCCGAGCGGGAUAAACUAAGAAAAAAGGAAGAGGAGCUGAGAGAGCUUCGUCACGCAUCGCGUAAAGACCGAAAGAUUACCUUGGACUUUGCUGGCAGACAAGUGAUUGAGGAGGGAAACAACCUGAACAAUUACUACAACAAAUUAGAUGAGACCCUCAAAGCAAUGAACAUCGACUCUACGCUAAAAUCCCCUGUGUUUUCUGAAAGACAAGGUAGAAAACAGAACCUCAGAGAACUGGUCAACCCAAACAUAAAGCAAAGUGCACCAGAAUGGGUAGGUGUACUUAGCAGUGAGAACAAGAGAAGGAACAUGGAGAAGGCACAGAGUUUGGCACAGGACAAAAAGGAAGAUCUACGGUCCCGGUUGCGUCUCCAGGACAAAGAGCUGCAAGAGAUGUCUGAUGGAGGCUGGUGUCUCAGCAUGCACCAACCAUGGGCAUCACUCCUCGUCAAAGGCAUCAAGAGAGUCGAGGGGCGGACUUGGUAUACAGCCCACCGUGGCCGUCUUUGGAUUGCUGCUGCAGCCAAGAAGCCCACCCCUCAAGAGAUUGCUGAGGUGGAGGCCAUGUACCGCUGCAUCUACCAAAAAGAGCCGAGGUUUCCUUCUGACUACCCUACUGGCUGCCUGUUGGGCUGUGUCAAUGUCACUGAUUGCCUUUCUCAGGAAGAGUUCAAAGAGCAGUUCCCCAGUGCACGUGAAGAGUCUGCGUCGCCAUUUGUCUUCAUCUGCUCCAGCCCUCAGGAGCUCCUGGUAAAAUUCCCAAUGAAGGGGAAGCAUAAAAUCUAGACAAGCCCGGUUCUGUGUGUGAAAUGUUGCUGUGUUGAGUGAUUUUAUAAUAGUACCCACACAUACUAGCAUCUCGCCAAAUUUAGUACACCCUUACAUUUCUUAACAUCCACCAGCUCUGUGAUGUAAUCCUGGAGGAGUGGAACGGAAUUUCAGUCCAACCAGUGCAACUCUGGUGAAUUCCAUGCCUAAGAAGGUUAUGACAGUGCUAGAUAACGAUGAUGCUCACACAAAUUAUUGACACUGUCAAGAAAAUUUGGACAUUUUCACUUUGUGGUGUACUCACUUGCGUUGCCAGCUAUUUAGACAGUAAUGGCUGUGUGCCGAGUUAUUUUCAGAGGGCAGUAAAUCAAUACUGCUUUCCAAGCUAUGCACUGACUUGUAUAAGUUAUAUCCAAGUUUCAUUUCUACUGCAUAGUAUUGUCCCUUGAGAAGCUGUAACAAAAUGCUUGCUGAAAUCCACUUGUACCUUGGCUGCUGAAUCCACUUGUACCUCCGCUUGGCUGCUGCUGCAAUUUUUUGCAGUUACUGUUUUGAAAUCCUGUAAAGACUUGACUGCAGUUGUUUAUGUAGCUUUUCCUCUUUAUAGAUCGAUGGAGAGUCAGAAUUUAAGAAAAGCGGUUCCUUUUUUUUGCUCUGUACUGUAACUGAUUAGAUAACCUUGCACUUAUUUUAGUGAGCACAAAUAAAAUCAGUAGGUUUGGAUAAAUAUAAUUCAUUCAGAGUUUAAUUUAGAGGUCUUUAAACUUAGAGGUCUUUACUGUCGUAAAGGUUACAAUUCGUUGUUGUUACUUUUUUGUAUUUUCAAAUGAAUUGGUCACAAUUAGGACAGCAUACAAAAGAAUACACACCAUGAGAAUUCACUCUUAAGUUUUGGGUUGUAGCUGUAGUAGAGUCCAUAGUCUGAGUUUGCUGUGGGGCUCUGGAUUGCUAACAGCAGUGGUUCCCAAACUUUUCACAGUUGCGUACCCCUUCAGUCAUCUGACUGGAAGUCAUGUACCCCCUACACCUGCAUACUUAAAAAACAUAAACCACACAAUGAGACAUCUUUGAUAUUCUUGUAGUAUUAAAGGCAUUAUAUAUUAUGACAUUGUCUUAAAAAAUCAUGUGUCUUAUUUUUCAACCAUACACAUGGAAUAGCAAUUUAAAACGGAGAGGGUUUUAGAGGUGUAAGAUAUCUCCUGGCAGGUUUAUCUCCUCUGUGGUGGAUUUACAGUGGUGUGAAAAAAGUGUUUGCCCCCUUCCUGAUUAAUUUUUUUGCAAGUUUGUCACAAUUAAAUGUUUCGGAUCAUCAAACAAAUUUAAAUAUUAGUCAAUGACAACAAAACUGAACACAAAAGACAGUUUUUAAAUGAAACUUUUUAUUAUUAAGGGAGACAAAAAAAUCCAAACCUACAUAGCCCUGUGUGAAAAAGUGAUUGCCCCUGAAACCUAAUAACUGGUUGGGCCACCCUUAGCAUCAACAACUCAAUCGUUUGCGAUAACUUGUAAUGAGUCUCCUACAGCGCUGUGGAAUUUUUGGUAAAUAGCAGAAUUCAUGGUUCCAUUUAUCACAGCAAGUCUUCCAAGUCAUGAAGCAGCAGAACAGCCCGAGACCAUCACACUACCACCACCAUAUUUUACUGUUGGUAUGAUUUUUUUUUUUUUUUUCUGAAAUGCGGCGUUACUUUCACGCCAUAUGUAAUGGGACACACACUCUUCCAAAAAGUUGAACUUUUGUCUCUGUCACACCACAGAGUAUCUUCCCAAAGGUCUUGGGAAUCAUCAAGAUGUUUUCUGGCAAAAUUGAGACGAGCUUUAAUGUUCUUUUUGUUCAGCAGUGUUUUUUGUCUUCGAACUCUUCCAUGCAGGCUGUUGUUGCUCAGUGUCUUUCUUAUGGUGAAGUCAUGAACACUGACUUUAACUGAGGCAAGUGAGGCCUGCAGUUCUUUGGAUGUUGUUGUGGGGUCUUUUGUGAAAUGGCUUUAUAACACAUAAUAAAAAAAUACAUUUAAAAAAAAUAUUUUUGUUGUCAUUGAUUAAUAUUUAAAUUUGUUUGAUGAUCUGAAACAUUUAGGUGUGACAAACAUGCAAAAAAAUAAGAAAUCAGGAAGGGGUAAAACACGCUUUCACACCACUGCAUAAUAUAUUUAAUAAUAUAUCAAAGAUGUGACGCGGAGUGCGCAGGAAAACAGUAUGUAAUGGAUCCCAAGAUGCAGAAGACAAAAGAAGUUGUAGGUCAGGCUUUAAUAGUCUCUGUUACCAGUAAGAACAAAAAACAACGGUGCUAUAAGAAAAAUCAAAAGGGCACCGUGACAAAAAGGGAAUAACUGUACCAGGCUUGAAGGAGCUACGGGACAUGUAGCAGAACUGCUCGGGAGAUGACCUUGGAAGCGUGAUGUAGCAUAGUGAUCCGGAGGAAUAGCUGAGUGCCGAAAACAGCAACAGGUGAGUAUAAGUAGGUUAGUUAAUUGAUGAGCAGCUGCAGCACAUCCCGCAGCUCCGCCCAAGGCAGGAGGGACCAGGGUCUGAGUGCAAGACAUCAGCAUAAGUAAAUGCACCAUAAACAGAGUAACAGUCAACAAUGACCCAAACAUACCAAUAGUGUCACAGCAAGGUGUGACAAAAGAUGGCUCAUUGUGUGGUUUAUGUUUUUUAAAUGUGCAGGUGUAAGGGGUACAUGACUUCCAGUCAGAUGUCUGAAGGGGUACGCAACUGUCAAAAGUUUGGGAACCACUAUCCACUAUGGCAUUAUUUCCCCCACUAUUGUAAAGAAGGUCAAGUUAAUUUUGUUUUUUUAUAUAGCUCAUUCUAGAUCGCAUUUAAGUAUACCCUGUCCUUUUAUUGAACAAACUAAAUAUUACUUAUCUUAUUUUCACGAUGGAGUAGUGAUUGCAUGAAUUAAAUACAUGGCAAGUCUUUUUUACAUGUGUGAAUGUACUCUCGAAGCAGCAGGCAUAACUAAAAGCAGUGUUUCCACAAAACUACCAUCUAUCAUGGGGCUUUAUGCUGUAAUGGUAAUAAUCUAAUUUGCAUAAUUGACCUUGAAGCAUUUGCAUGUAAUCAUAAUGGACACUGUAGGAGAAAGGAAUAUCAUUGUGUCAGACAAAAAGUGAGUAAAAAAACAUGAAAAGCAAAACAAAUACAAUAAUCCCUGUUUAUGGUGGUUCAUUGGUUCCAAACUUGGACUACACUGCUGAUGGGGAUGUCAUACAACUUCAUGUCAAAAAAUCCGAACUAUCCCUUUAAUGAUUAAUUAAUACAUUUAAAAAAACAGGGUGUGAAGCCGCAAAAUUCGAAGCGCAAAGCGGCGAGGAACGACUGUAAAACUACAAAUGAACUUUCUUUUGUUGCUUCUUUUUGUCUUUGAUUUUCAGUGGCACUAAAUUACAUUAACAAGACAGAGCCGCCUAUGAGUGCUUUUGGAUGGGCGAGGGGCCCACAAGCAUCCCGUGCUCGUUGAGAAGAGCAAUACAUGCUUACAUGCUUUCAUAUCACGGUCUCCAAAAGUCUAGUCGUCUUGUGAAAAAGUAUCUAGAGCAGGGGUCUCAAACUUGCGGCCCGCGGGCCAUUUGCGGCCCACCAAAUCGUAUCUUGCAGCCUGCGACUGGACAUCAAAGAGUAGUGUAACUGCAGCCCGGUCUUACGGCGUAAGGUAUUAGCGUUAUUGUGAGCCAUGUAUUGUGAAUUGUAUCCUAUCAUGAGGUACCCCGAGAUUCCCAGCCCUACUCCCAAUACUUGAUGCGGCCCAGCCUCACUCAGACUCUACCUCCACUGGCCCCAAGUGAAAGACCCCUGAUCUAGAGGGUUUUGAUUAUUCGCUAAAUAUAGCAACAAAGCAGCAAAGGUAGAAACACCAAUAUCUCCUGCUCCGUCUUCUUAUUCUCUGACAGACUAGGUGUGUUAAGAAAUGAAGUUAUGACGUAUCCUAAUGACAAACUACAUUCACAGACAGUCCCAUUAUGUGUUUAUGAGAGAGGGUGAACAGAUAGCACCAAAUCUAUUUAUGGCGGUCGGCUGUAAGAGGCAACGUUUAUCAAAUGUAAUUGUUUAAGACCAAUCGCAUUAUAGUCAGCUACACUGCAUGUGUUUGUGCUUGUGUUCGUCAGCCCAAAUGUUUGUUGCCUCUCUCUCCAAUUACAUUUGCAGUAGGCCACUGAGAUAUUAUGCAAGGUUAUGCUGGAUGCAAGUUGAGGUUGAUCAGUCAUUACCCUGUGGAGGAGUCUGUGACAUUUAAAAUGGCAAAAAGCCAAGACUCACUCCCUGUAAUAAGGGAAGUGCAUAAUGGUUUAUGUUCACAUCCUGUGAACAUUCGUAUCUGUGUGCACACUUGUUUUUAACCCGAAGGUUAUUGUGGACGUUGAAAGCUCUUUUGAUUGAAUGAACACAGAUUUCCUGGAGCCAUACUUUCUGUAGAUCUGUCACUUACCUGACACCCUGGUCAAAUACUAAAUGAAAAACACAUACGUUUCAUACCUAAUCUUGUUUUUAAUUUAGGGACAUGUUUGCAGGAGACCAUUUUAACUGAAAGUGUAUCUAAACUGCGUAAUUUUGUCCAUUUACAUAGUAAUAAUAUGUUUGGAGCCUUAAAAUGCAAAGUUUUGGAAGAUAUCAUUACCGUUUCUGUCUGGCUUUUAAAAAGGAUAAGCUGUAAAAAAAAAAAAAAAAAAUAGCAUCAAGUUGAAAAAUUAAAGGAAGAACGUUCUAAUAUGAGAAACAGAAUAAAGUUGCAAGUUUUUGAAAAUUAGGUUGGGGAAAAAGUUAUAUUAUCGUGAGAAUAAAGUCAAAAUAUGACAAUACGAGAAAGAAAAACAAAAAGUGAGAGGAAAUAUAAAAAAAAAAAAAACUCAGCAAAAACAUGUAAUGUAAGGAGAAAAAAUUCAGACUAAUAAUACGCUUUGUCACCAAUAAAGCUGUGUUUGUGGCUCUCGCAUCCUUUGAUUUUUCAGGAUGCGACCUUUGGUGGAAAAAGUUUGGACACCCCUGCCUUAAAGUAAUGUAACGCUAUUGUGAUGUACCAAUGUUUGGAAACAAAGACAAGCACAACGUCAAAUUAAAAGAACAAAAAAAUCCUGACUCACCAUUGGUACAAGCCUUGUGUUUGUUUUGACAGAAGAUGAUAAUAUUGGGGUUUCUAUUACAUCAUCACCUAAUUUGCAUAAUUGUCCAUGACGCAAAACUAAAACAACCGGAUUUUUUCAAAAAUUCAGUGUUUGUGUAUGGACGGGUAUAAAUGAGCUUUUUGGUUUGUGCUAUAAGAAAUGUGCAACAUGAUCUCAUGUUUGUCGAUCUUAUUUAACAACAGAACAUGAAGAACAUGACUAACAAGUGUUGGUUUCAUUUUGUGCAGCAGUAAAUGCGCAUGCGUGCGCCUGAUAACAUACUGUACAUGGGCGAUUAAAGAAACAUUCAUGAUGUUUCCUGUGGUCCAAUUAAGUGUGCACAGAUUUUAAAGAUAAUCUACAUGUCAUUGUAGAUCUAAUACUGUAUAUCACUAUCCUGUCGAACAGAUGUGUUCGUCAGUAUAGUUCGUCAGCUAACCAACACAGCUGUGGUAUAUCUGUAUAAAGUGUGUUAAGAAGCAGAGUUACGAUGCCACCUGUUAUAAUUAUAAUGUGUUUGUGAGCAAAGGAGUACAUGUCACGCCAAAUGUAAAUUUAAAAAAAAGUUUGGACAAAAUCUAUCUGUGGCAGUCCAUGUGGAUUAGUGGCGGGCUACCACAAAUGAAUGAAUAUAUGGGAAACACUGGUAUAUGCAGUAUCAUUUUUAUAGUACUAUGCCUUGAGAAGAUUCACUGUAUUAAAAAAAUAGUUGCUGGAGUGUGAGGGGUUUAUUUACUUUCACGAUUUACUGUAUGUAUCUUGGGUCUUGCUCUACAAGCCAUCGAUUUGUUUUAUAUCUUUGUUUUAUUUCUGAAGCCACCAUGGAGUUGCAAAUGAAGAAAGCCAAUCACACAACAAAUGUCUACCUUUCUCUUGGGGCGGUGAUGAUUUCCCCCUCUUAUUUCUUUCCAGUGAUAUUUCUCCUGUACUGUGCACUACUGGGAAAUAGAAAGAGGGGAGAGUGACUGAAGACCUGCUUUUGGUAUUCAUUCAUAUUUUCCACUUAAUAUUCAUAGAUUUACUGGCCAGCCUUGAUAUAGAAGAGAACUUGUAUCUUUGGACAGAGCCAUGCCCAAAACUGAUGUUUCAGCUCCAAUGAGCCCAGCGAAUGAAGGGAAGUGGGAGGGGAAUGUGAGUGCAGGGUUUCAUGUGUUCUCCAGUAAAUGAGAGGCAGGCCUUGAAGGUUACAGGCUGUGUUUAUUAUGGCUCUGUCAGCCGGUUAAUGGGGAGACGAGGUGAGGAAAGGAGAGAGCUGAGCUGUUGAGCUGAAAGGAAAGCACACAGGCUUGGAAACCCAGAGCAAUACAUUUUCCUCCUCUAGAUCUUCCUGGUCACUCAGAUUGAUAACAGUCUGAUACAAUGAAUACCUAUUCACUGAUAACUGUGUGUAAAAGAUGACUUUCCUUUCUCCCUCUGAAUAUUUUUUAUGACUCAACAUUGUCUAAAAGUAUACAUAGGCUCCAUAGUUCAUUGUAUUUUUGAGCAUAUGAACCUGUUCUAACAAGAAUUUAAAUUUUUGAAGCUUCUUGAAAAAGAUUUGUUGCUAAAAAUACCCUGUACUAUUGUUACUACCAACACUGGGCCUACAUUUUUUUACCUGCAAAAUCAUUACACAAUCCUUAAUCCUUAAACUGUGUUUACUUGUGCAUAUUUGUGUAUAUUUUAUUCCCAUUGAUUUCUUAAGAAGGUGUGGAUCUGGAUGAAACCUUACCUCCUUUUAACUUCCAAGAAAAUGCACAAAAGGGAUUUUCCAAGUUUAAAUUGGAGUUGUUUGUAUAUUAGUAUAUUUCUCACAGUGGGUGGUGUUUGGCUCCUCUGGUGUUUUUACCAAUGCCUUUCUGUGUUUUUGUCAUGUAUUGAUCCAUGUGCCCACUUUGUUAGCUGCUAUGAUGCCUGACAGGAGCUUCCAUGUUGUGGAAAGACAGGUUAUCAGCUGAUUCUUGGAUGGGGCUGGUCCCAUCUGGGGGUCUUUCAGAAUCAGGACUGUUCGCCCCUUGGCCAGCCAUUCAGGGUGGAUCCCAUCCCUCAGCAGUUGGUUCAUUUGUGCUGCUAGGCGCUCAUGGAGUGAAGUUAACCAGUAGGUGUGAAUCAUUUCUGGGCCAGGUGCUGUCCAGUUCUUCAUGCCUGAGAUUCUUUGUUGGAUGUCUGCCACUGUGAUGGUUACUGGACCUUGGUCAGGGAGGGUGCUGUGGUCUGUCUGCUCUUAGAUCUUUUAACCACUGUGCUUCACUGUUAUGUGAUGCUUCCUUCUCCCAUAUGCCUUUCCAGUAUUGUUUAGUAUCCAGCCUUGGUGGGUUAGUUCUUGUGGUAUUACCCUGCCACAAGAACUUUACACUUUAGCUGGGUUAGUGGAGAAGAGCCUAUUUAUUUUCCUGGCUUCUAUUUCUCUUGUGUAUCUCCUCAGUCUUGCAGCCAAGGCUUGGAGUCUAUGUUUGGCAGUUUCCAGAGCCUCAGGUAUGGGCAUCUGACUGUACCUCUUGGGUACCCCUUUUCUGGUUGCACCUUUCUGGAGUUCUGACAAUUGGCUUACUUCCAUCCGUGUUGCCUUGAUUUUGGCUUCCAACCUUCUCCGCCAUGGUGGCUCCUCCUUGACCUUCAUGUUAUCGCUAUGUUUGCCAAGCAUCUCCAGGACCACUGUUGCUGUACUGUAUAUAUCACCUCAUUGGUUUCAGUGAUUGUCGUAGUAGGGAUUGUUCUUAUUGCUGCAUUCACAUCAGCUAGGAGAGUUUCUGGUGGUACUUCAGUCAUUCUCGCUAGUCUGUGUCGGGGUUGACAGGAUCAUCUUAGCCAUGACCUUAUCUCUCAAGUCAGUUACUCUCUCAUUCUGUAACUGGGUCUUGGUACCCAAUCUCUGGGGGGCGUUAACUCCCCCUUCUGACCUAUCGUCCAGAGCAAUCUAGCAAGGGGGAUCUCCAGCUGUGAUAGCAGUUGCCGUUUGCGUAUGUUGGAACGUUGAGCCACUAGCUGUUUUGGUGUCAAUGUAGACUGUGGGUAUCAAAGUAUCCAUAUGCUUCAUGUAGCCUUGCUCAUUAGGGUUACUGGACUAGAAGCUUGUUCGCAUCUCAUGUCCAUUGCCGUCUGUUUCGUGUUCCAAUAGUUUCUCGUCAUAAUGCCCAGGUUCCUCAGCACCUGACGCAGACCUUGUUGACCUGGGUGACGUGUCUCUGUUCUGUAUCAUUCAUCAUGAGGUAGUUAGGUGGUAAGCUAAGGGUUGCCUUAGCUAAUAUUCAAAGUCCACCAAAUAUAGUGGGAAAAUAUAAGAAAACGUUAGCAUAAACAUAGUACAGUAACAUUCCAAUAUAAAAUAAGGUAAUAAAUAAGAUUACUGUAAAUAAAACUGAAAAACAGAAACAAUCCUACCGUUCACGAGAUGUCUUGAUCAGGAGCGCAAGUGGAGGCAGGAAGGAGGAGCCUGUCUCUCACACAAACUCACGUACGUGCUGUGAGAUGAGCCAAUGAGAUGAGAGCGUAGGCGGUGCCCCGAUAAUCAGCCAAUGAGAUGAGAGCGGAGGCGGUGCCCCAAAAAUCGGGUCUCGCAACAUCAGACACCCACCCCCGGUGACCCAGCCGGGGUUGAUCAUGCCUCGGCUUGCGUCCCAGUAGCAACCCACGGAUCUGCCCUUCUGAGCCACAGCCACCUUGUGGCUUUCUCUGCAGCUUCGCUUGCGGAUUUGAUGGCCCUCUUCUUGGCCGCCCCUGUUAUACCCAGACGGCCUAGGACUUUGCAGAGAGAACGUCCUGUAAAGCCUUUACAGCCAACUUCUAUUGGCUCGUAAAAUGUCCUCCAGCCCUUUCUCCUGCACUCCUCCACCAGUUCCUGGUACUUGGCACGUUUCCUUUCGUUGGCUUCCUCAAUACGCUCUUCCCAGGGCACUGUCAGUUCCAGCAUGAUCAGAUGUUUUGAAGCCUCCGAGGUAAUGAUCAUGUCUGGCCGGAGAGACGUUGGUGCAAUGUGCUGGGGGAACCUCAGCUGUUUUCCCAGGUCAACAUGUAAGUGCCAAUCAGUGGCUGAGUGGAGGAGUCCUGAUGUACUCUGUGGACAUGCCCGGGGUCUCUCUCCAGCUUUGAUGAAGGGGACUGCCUUGAUCGGAGCAUGGCGGUUUUUGCUGGUGCUGAUGGCCGAGGCUAUGCUUUCAGCAACUGCUUUCAGAACCUGGUCAUGGCGCCAGCGGUAGCAACCAUCAGCCAGGGCCUUUGUGCAGCUGCUGAGGAGAUGUUCCAGGGAGCCUCUUCCAGAGCAAAGGGGGCAGGACGGUGUCUCAUUCUUCCCCCACACAUGGAGGUUCGCUGGCGUCGGGAGGGCGUCGUAGACUGCCUGCACAAGGAACCGGAUGCGGUGGAAGUCUGCCUGCAUGAUGUUCGACCAGGUGACUUUACGCAGCAACGUGCUCCAUCUUGUCCAGGCCCCUUGCUGCCAGAGUCCCACUACCCUGCUCACUCGCUAUAUAUAUAUUAAUUAAUAUAUAUGUAAUUGUAUAUAUAUAAUAUAUUUUAUGUAUAUAUAUAUAUAUAUAUAUUUUACACACACACACACACACACACACACACACACACACACACCAACUACUGGUUAACAGAACUGUCACCCGAGACUGCAAAACCAGACAGACAAACUUGUGCACUGCCUGGAUUGGUUACCAGAAAGCCUAUGACUCAAUGCCGCAUACACGGAUCCUGGAAUGUCUGAAGCUGUACAGGGUCAACACCACGCUAAGAGCCUUUGUUGUAUUGUAUUGUAUUGUAUUGUAUGUAUUUUAUUCAUCCCACAGCGGGGAAAUUUACUUGUUACAGCAGCAAGCAAGCAAGACAAGUAAAGAGAACAGUAAAGUAAAGUAAAGCAUUGUGACUACACAUGGUUCAGGUGGUGCAGGUGUUGUAGACCGUGGGUGUAACAGUCUGCUGCUGAAGGAGCUGCUAAGGGAACCCACAGUGUCAUGUAGGGGGUGAGAGGUGUUGUCCAUGAUGGAUGUCAGCUUAGCCAACAUCCUUCUCUCCCCCACUUCCUCCACGGAGUCCAGAGGACCGUCCAGGACAGAGCUCGCUCUCCUGAUCAGUCUAUUGAUCCUGCUCCUGUCCCUGUCCGUGCUGCCCCCUCUCCAGCAGCCCACAGCAUAGAAGAUGGCUAAGGCCACCACAGAGUCAUAAAAGGUCCGUAAAAGAGUCCUGCACACACCAAAGGACCUCAGUCUCCUCAGCAGGUGGAGGCGACUCUGGCCCUUCUUGUAGAGGGCGUGGGUGUUGACGGACCAGUCCAGCUUGUUGUUAAGGUGAACACCCAGGAAUUUGUAGCUGUCUACUAACUCUAUGUCCGCUCCCUGGAUGUUCACCGGUGUGAAGUGGGAUGUUUUCCUCUGGAAGUUAAUGAUCAUCUCCUUUGUCUUGCUGGUGUUGAGCUGCAGCUGGUUAAGCUCACUCCAGCUGACAAAGUCCCUGAUGACCGUCCUGUAUUCCAGAUCAUUCCCCUCUGAAACACAACCAACAAUGGCUGUGUCGUCGGAGAACUUCUGGAUGUGACACUGUGUGGAGUUGUGUGUGAAGUCCGAGGUGUAGAGGGUGAAGAGGAAAGGGGAGCAAACUCAAUGAGGCUGUGGUCCACCCUUGAGGCCAACUUCGAGCCAAUUGCGCGAGGCUGUGGUCCACCCUUGAGGCCAACUGCGAGCCAAUUGCACAAGUCUCCAUCAAAUGUGCCAUAUACCAAGGAGAUGCUCUGUCCCUGCUGCUGUUCUGCAUAGGCCUGAACCCCCUCAGCCAAUUAAUCAACAAGACUGGCAAUGUAUACCGACUUAAGAAUGGGGCCACCAUCAGAGGGUAGAAUAGUAGAUGUUGAGGAGAGUUACAAGUACCUUGGAAUACCACAGGCAAAUGGUAACCAUGAAGAGGCCACAAGGAAAGCUGCAACGGUCAGGUAUCUGCAACGUGUAAGGCAAGUCCUGAGAAGUCAGCUCAAUGGCAAGAACAAGAUCCGGGCAAUUAACAGCUUUGCCCUGCCAGUGAUCAGAUACCCUGCUGGGAUAAUAAGCUGGCCAAAGGAGGAAGUUCAGACCACAGAUGUUAUAACACAGAAGCUGCUCACCAUGCACGUAGGGUUCCAGCCCAAAUCCAGUAUCCAGAGGCGAUACGCUAAGCGCAAAGGAGGAGGCCGAGGAUUAGUAAGCAUCAGGACCACUAUCCAAGACAAAACAUCCAAGCUCCACGAAUACAUGAAGAAGAUGGCCCCAAGAGAUGAAGUACUUAGUGAAUGUCUCAGGCAGUGGAAACUGGAAAAGAAGGAGUUGGAGGAACCAUCAUGGGAGGAAAAACCCCUGCAUGGGAUGUACCACCGACAGAUAGCUGAAGUGGCGGAUAUGAACAAGUCCUACCAAUGGUUAGACAGGGUUGGACGUUGGACAGCACAGAGGCGCUAAUCAUGGCAGCACAGGAGCAGACCUUGAGCACUAGAGCAAUAGAGGCCCAGAUGUACAACACCAGGCAGGAUCCCAGGUGCAGGCUGUGCAAAGAGGUCACUGAAGCAGUCCAGUACCUAAUAGCAGGGUGUAAGAUACUGGCAGGAAAAGAAUACAUGGAAUGCCAUAACCAAGUAGCCGGUAUAGUGUACAGAAACGUCUAUGCAGAAUAUGGACUGGAGACCCCUAGAUCGCAAUGGGAAACACCUCCCAAGUUGGUGGAAAAUGAGAGGGCUAAGAUCCUGUGGGACUUCCGAAUACAGACCGAUAAGAUGGUUGUGGCCAACCAACCGGACAUCAUAAUCAUGGAUAAGCAGCAGAGGACAGCCAUUGUGAUCGAUGUAGCCAUCCCCAAUGAUGGCAAUAUCAGGAAAAAGGAACACGAGAAACUAGAGAAAUACCAAGAGCUCAAAGAAGAGCUGGAGAGAGCCUGGAAGGUGAACGCAACAGUGGUGCCAGUGGUCAUGUCCAAGUGAUGAAGAUGGCUUCACAAAGGGCAUAAACUGUCUGGAACUGAUUGUCAUUUUUUUAAACUUCCCUUGCUAUCCAUCCCCAAAUGUUCUCUAUGGAAUUUAAAUCAGUGGAACAUGCAAGAUGGUCCAAAAGAGUGAUGUUAUUCUCCCUGAAUAAGUCCUUCGUCAAGCGAGCAUUGUGAACUGCAGCAUUGUCCUGUUGAAAAACCCAGCUGUUACCACACAGAUGAGGACCCUCAGUCAUGAGGGAUGCCCACUGCAACAUCUGCACAUAAAGGCCCUGUCACACCUUAAAGAUUUAGCCAGCUUACGCCAACGUAUGAAAAAUUUGGCCAAUACGCUGGCGUACGUCGAAUAAGUUACGUGUAAGUUUUGCAUAUGUUAACAGCACGCGGAAGCACGCGAGCAUACGUCUAAGUCGUCCAAAAAUGUUGUGUCUGCAUAAAACCUUUCGACGUAUGUCAACGUUUGAUUCAUACGUCCCGCAUCCGCGGUCAAUAAGUUAUGCCAUCGUUCACUUCGUUCACACACGUUAUUUGUAAGUUAUGCACUUAUACUUAAACCUCAUUAAGAUCUAAAUGUGCAAAAUGCAAAUUCUAGCAAUUUUUCAAUUGGUCUUAAGAUUUUGAUCAGGUCUGUAUAUCGAUCUAACAUAAUUUAAAAGGUAAUCAAUCGAUUGCAUCGAUACUAGGAAAUGAAGCAUUAGAUUUAAGCACGGCAGGUUUUAUAUGGACGUAAAAGACGUUAAAUCUUACAGUCUGCCUGUCGGUGACAUCAUCGUCUUCCGGGUAUGUGGUGGUCAUGGGAGUUGUAGUUGACCUGUGAAAGACCGUUGAUUUGCUUCUUUUUGUCAGUUCAUUCACUUCAUUCAGUAUUCAUAUUUAACUCGUCUGGACUUAUUUGAAACUCCUUUUAAGUGACAUUUUGGAGGACAAAAUGCAAAGUAAGGACGUUUUGUAUGCCUCUGGAUGGUAUGGUCCAGUAGCAGUGACGCUUAGUGACGUCAUCAUCCAGCACGGCGUGUCCAGGUCAAAACAGAAGUAGAAUGUUCCAAAUACAAUUCCUAAAUACAACACUGUGCGUGUGCGCUCAGUUUAGAGAGUCCGUGGGGGACGUCCUUACAAAUGCAUUUCAUUUCAUUCGUAUCCAGAAAAGUACAACUUUAAGCCUUUCAAACUCAAGGAUUGGCGCUUCAGGACAAGAUAAAAGGUAUAUAGGAUAUAAAUUCACUAUAAUAUCUGUGUGCAGAUGAAAUGUAAUUAAAAUCUGAUGUUGCACAAUAUGUUAAUUUGGCCCCGGAAUUACUGCAUACAUGCAAUUAGUAGUGUGGCAUGGAAACAAAUACAGCAUGUUGCUGCACCAUUAUUACACUUGAUUUUUUUUGCUGGACUUUUUGAUUAAUCAAAAAAUUUUAAAUGAAUACUCUGCUGACUUUUAAAACGAACUUCAAUUACAAAUUUGAAUGGUCCUUACACACACUGUUUGACCCAGAGAGACUUAUGUGUAUGACUUUCUCCGACGCUGCACAUGUAUUUUCUAUUCUUCCUUUCACCUGGUCCUUGUUCACAAACGUUAAUGCUGUGAACAAGCAUUAAUGCACAGAGGUGAGGUUUAAUAACGUUAACUAUCUGCUGCUGUGCGUUUUCUCUCUGGGGGUGGAUGAGUUUCGCCUUGAGUUCCUCAAGGCUCUGGACUUUGAGGGACUAUCUUGGCUGACACAUAUCUUCACAUAUCUUCUGCAUGGAACAUUGCCUCUGGAUUGGCAGACUGGGGUGGUGGCCCCCCUUUUCAAAAAGGGUGACCGGAGGGUGUGUUCCAACUAUAAGGGGAUUACACUCCUCAGCCUCCCUGGGAAAGUCUAUUCCAGGGUCCUGGAGAGAAGGGUGCAACCAUCCGUCGAACCUCGGCUCCAGGAGGUGCAAUGUGGUUUUGCAUCCCGGUCGCAAAACACUGGACCAGCUCUACACCCUUGCAGGGGUACUGAGGGGUAAAUGAGAGUUUUCCCAACUGGUCUACAUAUGCUUUGUGGACUUGGAAAAGGCAUUGGGAGUACGGGAUUGGUGGCGUGCUACUACGUGCCAUUCAGUCCUUGUACAACUGGAGCAGGAGCCUGGUCCGCAUUGCCAGCAGUAAGUCAAGCCUGUUUUCGGUGAACAUUGGCCUCUGCCAAGGCUGCGCUUUGUCACGGAUUUUGUUCAUAAUUUUCAUGGACAGAAUUUCUAGGUGCAGCCAAGGUGUCAAGGGAUCUCAUCUCUGCUAUUCGCAGACGAUGUGGUCCUGAUGGCCUCAUCGGGCUGUGACCUCAGUGUUUAUUGGGGUGGUUCACAGCUGAGGGUGAAGCUUCUGGGAUGAGACUCAGCACCUAUGUCUGAAGUAUGCCCAUUUUUACCUUAUUUAAUUAACAGAACGAUAAAUGACAGGACAGUUAAGUUAACAUAUGGCACUAUCUUUUUGACACGAGAUUAACGUGCGCACGUCUUAUUUGAACCUCGGCCCACACCGUAGUUUGAGGAAGUAGCUGUGACAAUGAAGCCACAAGCAGGAACAAAUAUUGAGCAGAAAUGGACAAGGAAAAGGUAAUUUUGAUUGGUAAAUUAAGCUUCAAAGCACUGGCAGAUUGCUCUCACCUGCCAGAAAGAAACGAGCUGCGAGAAAGUACUGAAGCACUGCCGGUAUUUUUUAUUCUCAUUUAUGUAGUGGCAUCUUGGCAUACAAGUGUCCCAACGAACGAGUGUUUUUUAGAUGCGAGCCGUCCCUCGAGAUGGGUACGAGCUGCUAAUUAACGCCAGGCAUAGCCGAGGAUAGCUAUUUGGGGGCUUAUGUCAUGGUACCAUGGCUUAAGAGCUAGCAAUGCCAGUAUUAGCAGCGACUACAGUAUCACCGGGAAAGAUCAUCAGUAUAACAUGCGUACAUUAUAGCUAUCUGAUUUAUGUUAUUUAUUAUUUACUGUGUAAAACUAAGACAACAUCAAGUUAAAAGCACGAAAUGAAUACAGACCUACCAUCCACCAGUAUGAGCCUGGUCUUUCAAUGUUAUUGUUUUUCAGGGAGGUUGUUUGCUGAACAAAUAUGCACAUUAGCACUCAAUAAGGUGAUCAAAUCUUAUGUUUGUGCAUUCCCAUAUAGUAUCAGCACAUACUGUAUGAGGUGAAAGAAAAAGGGUAAAAAUACAGUAUAGUUAGUCUAUUUUGACAGCAUGGGACAGAGUUACAUGGUGCAUUCAAGGACCGUCAAACAAAAUGGGACAAAGCGCUGAAAGAGAUUUACAUCCCUACUUAUAAUAGAUAAAAACUUAUUUAUAGCUGCGAUUAUGUGUGAUUAAUUAUGAUUUAACUAUGAACAAAAUGUGAUUAAUCACGAUUAAACAUUUUAAUCGAUUGACAGCCCUAAAUUGUAUGUAUUAACAACUCCAAAUGAACUGAAGAUGUCAAUCAAUCUAAAAGAUACCACACAAGUCUAAAUAUCCAUUUGUCUAACACUAGUCUCUUUUAAUAGUAGCAGAACAUUUUAAUCAUACUUUAAACCAUGUUAUUAUGAGCUAAAGGGGUUGUGUUCAAAAACAUCACGUAAUUUAAGGUAAAUUUACUUGUUUUUUUUCCUACAUACUUAAAUGUAGCAAAUUGUACAUCCAAAUUAAGAGUUACGAAGUGAGUGAUAAGAAUAUCCACUUCAUGUUUUUCUUAUCUUCCUGUUUUCAAACACACACACAUUAUAAAGCCCUUUUUUAAAAUGUUUAAAAUGUCCCUGAACGCGUCCCUCGUUGAACGAUGCAUGUCGUUCCCAGGAUGAAGGGAUUAGAUACAUGUGUGAGUUGGAGAUACAUACAGUAUAUGGUGUUGGAAUUGUACUGCUGUUGAUGUGCUCAGGUCACAAUAAAGUUAUCAAAAAGUAUCACACUCUGCAUGCUUGCUCCGGUGCGCAUGCGUUAAUUACACCAAAAAAAAUUAAUUAUUGAAAUACAUGUAAAUGAGUUUCUGCCGUUACCGCAUUAUUUUUAACAGCCCUAGUAGAAACCUUUCAUUUUCAUCAUACAGCAUAUUAGUUGUUGUCCGAUGACAAUCAUGUCCACACUUUUGACCAUUUCAAAUAACUGUACUGUCCAUAUUGUCCAACUUCUGUCAAUACCCGUGCCCGCCGGCUACGUGUGAUUAUGUCGUGGUUUUAUUGAGUAUCUUUACUGGCUGAUGGAAGACUCCAUCAAACAUAAGUGCCCACUUUCCGUUUGUGAAAGAGUGUAGCUUAACAACAUGGUCAAGGUAACCCGAUGCUGUUAUAAUCAUAUUUAUAAAGCAAGUGACAACAAGUCUGAAUAAUACAUGUGUGAUGUUUUGAUCUGGUCUUAUUUCACUGAGCCUGAGUCUGAUUGAUGCUUAAAUGUCAAAAUUGGGUCAAUAAAAUUGCUAUUAUACAGGGUCAGGCAAAUUGAUCUGACACAUUUGUAGAUUAAAUAAGAGGCAAAUAAAGUGAAGAAACAAAGUGUUUUUAUUUUCGAAAAGUACAUAUAAGACCAGCUUGAAACACGAUCUUGUUAUGGGUUACCAACUUCUGAGCUACUGGAUCUGCAUUGAAUGUGUGGACAAUAAUGAAUCCCAUUUGACUGAUUAAAUUUUUAAAACAUAAUGAAUCAGAAUGGCAUUAUAUGUACUUUUCGAAAAUAAAAACACUUUCUUGUUUCUUUACUUUAUUUGCCUUUUAUUUAACCUACUAAUGUGUCAGAUCAUUUUGCCUGACCCUGUAUUAUGAAUUAUGCUGAUGUCAGAGUAAAAUGUCAUUGUUCUGCUUUGGUGACAUGACUUUUGUGGAAGUGUAUUGCGACUCCCAGUUUGCAACUAUUAUUUAUAGGAAGUCAGAGAUGCACUAGUUUAGACAUUAACAUUUUGAAAUGUUAAAUGUACAUGUGCACCAUUCACUGAAGCCUGUGAAAAGAUUGUUAUCCCGGUACAGUAGAUCCUGCCAUCAUUCCCGGACCACCUGAAAAUGGCCAAAGGCCAUGUGUAACUGGUGACAUUGAUGAAACUGAUGCCCAUAAAAAUGUCAAUUUUUGACAUACGGUUCGCUCCUACUCCCCCUCCAAACCCACCUGCUAACUUGACGUUGACAUUGUCCUCCGAUUUCGGACCAACAUUUGCAAUAAGAGUGACCGUUGUAAUUACAGUGGUACCUUGGUUAACGUCCGCUCUGGUUAGCACGUUUUUCCGUUAACAUCCAACAUUUUUUCUAAAAUUUUGCCUUGGCAUGCGUUCGCCCGUCCAAUAUACCGUCCGCUUUGUUUACGCCGCAAUCUUCGAUCAUGCGAAACCUUGUGCAAUGCACAUUGUUGGUGUACAUUGUCGCCACCACUUCUUGCAUCCGUUAAGCAGUCAUGGUGUUAUUACACUACGCAACAGCAGGCAUUACUCUUGGCUUCAUUAAUUCCAUUAUUUACAAAGGACCUACUUGAGAAUUCCCCCUAACUUGCUCCAAGAGGUGGUGGAAAAGUUAAACCAUUCAUGUGAAUGAGACACGCUGUGAUAUGCACCACCCGCAUUGUUUGCACAUAGGUUGCGGUGCAUUUGCGGUGCUUUUAUGGAUUUUACAUUCGUCAAAUUUGACAGCAGCAGUAUAUUUCUUUGGUGAACAAAUUGCUCUGAUACAGUAUGGUUGGGGUCCUUAUUUGUCCAAGGGUGUCUACUACAGUUUAAAACUGUAAAACUGUGCAUGUAAAAAGCCUUCAACAGACCUCUCUGCAUAGAUUUUUUGUGGCAUGAGUGCGGAAAUAGUUUUUUUCUUUAAAAAAAAAAGGGAUUCCCCUCCAAGUAUAAUCCUUCCCCUAUAAUAUGUGUUUCAUGUUAACAUUUUUGGGUGUCUGGAACGAAUUAAUUGGAUUUACAUAAUUUUCUAUGGCAAAAUUUGCUUUGGUUAAAGUCUGUUUUGGUUUGAGUCUAACCCUCUGGAACGGAUUAAUGACUUUAACCAAGGCAUGCAAUGUUAGAUUCGAUUCACCUUCAGAACCCUCCCCUUUUCUCUUCAAUAUGCCUCACACACUUACGAAACACAUCUCAAAGUUUAAAAUGUAAAGGCACUCUCCACUAAUGGAUGAUAAAGUAAUAUGAUCCAUGAACAGAUGGAGUCAGAGUAACAGUGUACAAGUUAUAUAGUUUCACUUUUCCAUCUUACAGCAACUAUGGUGCAUUCAAGGAUCACCAGACAAAGUGUGAAAUCUCAACUCUUGAUAAAAAACAUGAUCAGUGAAGCAUACAGACAUAAACAUGUAAAAAUUGUCAACUUUCUUUUUAACAGCGGCACAUGUAUGCUGUACAUUUUACAUAUACUAUCACAUAUUUACAAAUGAUUACCGACUUAGUGUGAAUGAGAUGGGUUUUCUGUGAAACUAUUUUCAGAGGGGGAAAAAAAAAACAUUUCCAAAUUGUGGGGCCGUGAAUGCUGAAUCGCAGAUGUGGUGCACGACAUCUGUCAUACAACAGUGUUUUUGUAAAAUACUAUGAAACUUUUUUCUUGCUUCUCAUCAUCAGACUGCGACAUUAUAUACUCAUUAAAUCCCAGCCAUUUUUCAAAAGACAACCCCUUCAGUACCGGUCAUUUUAGACGAUUUUGACUGAUCUUUGAAGGCACACAGAAUAUUGUAUUCUAUAGCUAUAUAAACAUGGAACCUACCAAAAGAAAGAUGAGACUCCCAUCUUUUAUCAGGAACAAAACGUUUGUUUCUACCUUUUUUCGUUCUUUAUUAAUCAGCAGAACAAACAGUAGGUAAGUUUCAGGAAAAUAUCAGUUCCCGACUAAAAAAGAGAAACAAGCUUUUUGUGAAAAGAUACAUUUCAAGUGUAACUUUCACUUUGACACAAAUAGUUUUUGCUUUUGUGACAGCUCAAAUAUCUAAACAGCUACACCAACAUAACACAAAAAAGGAGUGGUUUUACAUCAAAAUAACAAUUUAUUUACAAAUAUAACAUCAUGAAAUACAGUGUUCCCUCGUUUAUCGCGGGGGAUGGGUUCCCAAAAUAGCUCGCAAUAAGUGAAAUUGGCAAAGUAGCCAACUUGAUUUUUUUUUUAACAAUUAUUAUAUAUGUUUUAAGGCUGUAAAACCCCUCACCAUACAUUUUUUACACUUUACCCACACAGGCAAUAACAUUUUCUCACAUUUCUUUCUUGUUAAAACAUUUAAAAAAGUUCAAACAUUUGUUUGAAUUUUAAUGAUCAACCUACAGGUUGGACACAAUUAUUAAGUGACUCAUGCGUAUUUCACUCCUGUGACCAUGCCAUUUUGUUUUGGCGCAGUUCUGCCGUACUGUAGCAUUUUUGUAUCUUUGUUAAAAAAUAUUGCUGCAGUCCUCCUCCUGUUGUAGUCCUCCUCCUUCGAACUGAUUAUUCAUUUACAGCAUUCUGUAAUGGCACCAUAUAACCGUGUUGCUUCUACAUUUCUUCAGCAUUUCUUCCAGAAGUCGAACUUUUUGUGCGAUGGUUAGCAUCCUCCUCUGCCUUUUUGGGCGCAGAACAUUUCGUAGACAUUUUGUCGGGACGAAUUUGCAAACAUACAAAGACUUGCAAGCUAGCAAGCAAAUAAGCUAGCAAUGACACAGGAGACAUGACACAGCGGCACAAAGGAGAUUGAUUGACAGUGGUCUACAGCCAAUCAGGACGCAGAAGACAAUGGAUGGUGCAGACAUACGAGAGAGGGAAGAGAGAGAGACACUCAACUUCCCACAAUGCAAUUCUUGUUAAAGGGCCAGGCUUGGCCUGUAAUAUACAGGCUUGACCUAUAAUAUAAAAAAAGAAGCACUAAAAAAAUUCAGUGAAACAGCAAAUCCGCAAAAGGUGAACCGUGAAAGAGCGAGGGAACAUUGUAUUUAAAAUUUUCACAUUUGGAACUUAACUGUGUGUGCACAUGCGUGUGUGUGGGUGUGUGCAUGUGUUAAUGGUGUGUGCAUGUGUUAAAAUGUGCCUACAAUGAGUGACCUUGUGCACGCUGCACUCCUCCACGCUCUUUCACUUUCUCCUCGUUGUCAUUUGUGAUUCUUCUAUUCACAUGAUCCCUGCCCAGCUCAUAUCAAAUGCACUUCUGCCAUCUUGUGGCCGGCUUAAAAGUGCUCUGAUUUUAAAUGCAUUAGUGGAGAGUUGCGUCAUCAACUUUGUUUGCCUCUCGCGCAAAAAACGUAAAAGACAUAUACGUUGUUGAGGUCGAGUGUUCGGGUUUAUAAAAAUGUAUAACUACGUCUUUGGUAUUGAAUGAGUUAAUGUUGGGCACACAGCAGAAAGAAAACCAUAGCAACAUAAAAAACAAAAACAUAGUAACAUGAAGAAUGAAAAACACAGCUGAAAAGUACAGACUGCUACCUUGAGCCCUCUGACAUGUCUUAGGAUGUCGCCUGAAUGCACUUGUGAACAAGAUCACCAUCAGUAAUUAGAGGAUCUACAAUUUCUGGAGCAAUUGUGUGUGAAUGUGUGCGCUGAAUGAAGGGAUGAAGGGGAGGAAAACAGAGUCACAUUAACAACAGUGAUGUAAACAUUCAUAAAAGUUAACAUUCGCCAAUAAAAUAAAAUGUACAUAAUGUCCACAAACAAUACUAAGUAACUCCAUCCUGUCCAUUUACAUACAUAAUAAUUUAUACUACAAAUGAUAAACUAUUCCACAUGCACAUAUAUUAGUAAGACAUAAGUCAAAUUCCCAAAGUUUAACAACUGAAGUCAAAGAAUUACGGCUUUGCUUCCAAAGAAAAGAAUGACAUCGUUAAUGUUAGCAUGCUACCACUUAGCAUGAACAUAGCAUGAUAGCACCCUAAACAAUAACCCUAACUCUAACCCUAAUCACCAAAUAGUGGAGGCUUCGCAAUUAACAAUAAAAAACAUGAGGAAAAAAUUAUCGGUUCCCAACGAUUUAUUUAUUCCAAAUAUCCAGCUCUAAGAGCCGAUUUGUUCGCAAUCGCCACAUCACUACGUGCAGCUUAGGAGUGAGAGACAUCUUAGGAGGGACAAUGAUUUCAACAUUCUAUCUUGGAGGUGGUCCGAAUAGGAUGAGGAAUGUAAGAAAUACGGAACUUUCCCCAUUAAUUUUCAAUGGGAAAAAAAUCUCGGAAAAUGGGGAAUUGUGGAAAAUGUGUAACUUAAAAAAAUAAUAAAAGUGCUCUGAUUUUAAAUGCAUUAGUGGAGAGUUGCGUCAUCGACUUUGUUUGCGUCUCGCGCAAAAAACGUAAAAGACAUAUACGUUGUUGUCGUUGUCAUUCCCGAAUGAGCUGAACAAUUUGAUGCUUGACUGGUGUGAAUCAGUUGAAAAAUGAAGGCGGCGUUAGCGGACACAAGACAGCGGAAUAAUAAUAAAUAGAUGAAAAACGGCGGAGAAUAUUAUAGUGUGAAUGCAUUUGAAACGCACACAAUUAUCCCUCAGAGGCGGUUGUCAGCCUUCUAUCAGCUGUCAGUGUUUUUGCUCUGCCUGUUUUCAAAAAGAGCAUUGGAUUCUAGAGGUUUUUCCUCUCCCCUGAAAAGAAACAGACAGAUGUAAUAGCCAUUAGCCUGGGGGAGAGACAGCACAGAUGUGUCAACAAGGCUUGACUUUUACAGUCCAAGUGAAGUCUGAGCAAACAGUAGCUGUAAAGAUACCUGUGUGGUUGAGCAGUGAUCCAGGGAUAUAGUUGCAUGGGUUUGCCCCAGGACUCCACACAGAGCGUGACUCUCCUUCUCAUUACAAGAGUGGGUCAGACUAGCCCAAUAUCGAAAAUAAAUAAUGCAAGGGAACACCUAGUGUUGCACCUGAGGGCUGCACCACACUGACAACAGCUGACCAAACCUUCACCUUCACGUAUAAGUAGUUCAGCCUUUUAUAUGCUAUUAUAUGCUAUUUAUACAGUAUCCUCUUAUAAACAAUUAUUAUUUUUUUUAUUCUUACCAUCAGUUAGACCCACAACUAAGAUAAGAAUGCCCACUGUGAGAAUGUAUUGUUUUUUUGUCUUAAUAACAUCAUGAAAACAUCUAUAGUGGAAUAAGCAAGGCAAGUUUAUUUAUCGAACACCAUUCGUGCACAAUCUAAUUCAAAGUGCUUUACAGAAAAGAAGGGUAAAAUCACUUCAGAAAAUCCAUAAAAUCAUUAUCCAUAAAAAAAUAAAUAAAAAUAAGGAGUGUAGAUACUUUCAUACUGUAAAUACUUUCAUUGUUAAAUGCACAGUUGAAUGCAGUUUAAGAUUGGCAAAGUUGUGGAUUGUCGCACAUCUUCUGGAAGACUGUUCCAGAAUUUGGCAGCAUAAAACAAACGCAGCCUCACCGUGUUAAGUCCUGACUCUGGGCGCCCGCAGAAGCCCGCUCCCUGAGCUUCUCAGAGCCUGAGAUGAUUUAUUUGGCUCUAACAUGUCAGAGAUGUACUUUUGCGCAAGACCAUGAAAAGACUUGUACGCAAGCAGAGCUGUUUUAAAGUCUAUUCUCUGAGCGAUGGGAAGCCAGUGCAGAGACCUGAGUACUGGACUAUUAUGCCCAUAUUUCCUGGCUCUAGGCAGGAUUCAAGCACCAGCAUUCUGGAUGUACUGCAGCUGUUUUACUGCUGGUUUAGAGAGCCCUGUGAGAAGGUCAUUAGUAGUCUAGCCUGCUUGAGACAAAGGCAUGGAUUAGUCUCUCUAAAUCAGGAUUAGACACUUUUCCCUUUAUUUUGACAAUGUGUUUUAGGUGGUAAAAACCUGCUGAUGUUAUUGAUGUAAUGUGGCUGUUAAAGUUCAGGUCUGAGUCCACUAUUAUCCCUAGAUUUGUAACCAGGUGAUUAGGUUUUAGAGAAAAAGUCUCAAGGUGGCUAAUAACACUUUCUCUUUGUUUCUGUGGACCAAAGACAAUGAUUUCAGUUUUGUCUGAGUUUAGCUAGAGAAAGUUGUUUUCCAUCCACACACUGAUCUGUUCGAUGCAGUCACAAAGUAAAUCUGCAGGACCAUGUUCACCUGCCCCCAGGUACACGCAGAUCUGAGUGUUGUCUGCAUAGUUGUGGUUGGACACGUUGCAGCUGCGUAUUAGUUGGCCUAAAGGAAGCAUGUACAGAUUGAACAAUAGGGGGUCCCAGGAUUGACCCCUGGGGAACCACACAGGUCAUAGCCAUUUGGUCUGAGACACAGUUACCAAUUCCAACAAAGUACUCUGUCCUCCAGAUAGGACUUGAACCAGUUUAGAGCAGUACCAGAGAUUCCCACCCAGUUUUCUAACCUCUUGAAAAGGUCACACGGUCAACUGUAUCUGUAUCAAAGGUAGCGCUCAGGUCUAGCAGAACUAAAAGUUAGAUUUUGCCUGCAUCUGUGUUCAGACCGAUAUAAUUUAUCACCUUGAUCAGAGCUGUCUCAGUGCAGUCGUGGGGCCUAAAGCCUGAUUGGAAAGUAUCAAACACAUUGUUAGAGAGGAGAACGUCAGUAAGCUGUUGGUAUACAACCUUUUCAAAGACUUUUCCCAAGAAUGGCAGGUUUGAUAUGGGCCGAUAGUUGUUCAGUACUGUGGCAUCAAGACUGCUCUUCUUCAGAAGAGGCUUAAUGACAGCUGUUUUUAGGGCCUUUGGAAAUGUUCCAGUCUGAAGUGAGAUGUUAACUAGAUGAGUGAGUUGUGGGAGCAAACUGUUCAGCGCAGACUUUAGAAAUCUAGUGGGUAACUCAUCAAGGCAGCACGUUGAUGGACCCAGACUGCAGAUGACCUCGUUCAGUGUUUUGUCAAUGACAGGUGUGAAAUGUGUCAACUCGGGGUGUCUAGCUGGCUGCAGAAUAGUUAUUUAUGUUGUGAGAAUAAUUGCAUUUUUUAUACUUUGAACUUUGUCAUGAAAGAAUAUUGCAAACUCAUUGCAUAUAGAUGUAGAAAUGAGUUGUAAGGGCAAUUAACUAGAGGGUUUGUUAAUCUGUUAACUGUAGCAAACAAUACUUGACAGUUGUUGCUACAGUUGGUCAUGUUUUCAGAAAAAUAACUGUCACAUCACAUAGCUUUUCUUUGUAAAGCUUACUGCAUAAUGAACCUGGAGCUUUGACUUGCGCCAUUUUUGUUCGGUUCUCCAGCACUCCCUUUUUUGCCAUGACAGACACUUAUUUUCUCCAUGGCACCUUUUGCCUGUUUUUAAACCAUUCUAACCGUGACAGGAGCAAUGGUAUCCAAAACAUUUACAACACUUGAUGUAGAAGAUAAUCAAUGUUAGAACACGGGGUGUUUUCAGACCUCAUUCUUGCCAUAAACUGUGUCCCUGUACUGUCAUGAAUGAGUCUUCCCUGAACAACUGGACCCAACUUCCAUUAUGGGUGUAACAGACAGGUCCAAGAAAACAAAAAAGUGAUCAGAUAAAGCAAUAUCCACAACAUUCACAUUUGAAAUAGCGACACCCUUGUAAUGAUCAAAUGAAGAGUGUGCCCUUUUUUGUGGGUAGGCUCAGUCACCAAACAUUUCAAGGACAGCAGUGAGUUCUUUAGCAUGCAUGUCAUUAACUACAUCCACAUGCACAUUCAAGUCCUCUGUAAUGACCAAACAGCCAAAAUCAGUGUACACAACUGAAAUGAAUUCAGUAAAAUCGUCAAUAAAACAAAUCUGUGGUGGUUUGUAAAUGGCAAUAUAAAGUAUGGAAGUCUGUUUUAACACCAUUUUGAAAGAAACACACUCAAAAGAAUAAAAAAAGCCCAAAUGACAAUUUUUAGGUGAAUAUAUUGUCUCAGACAAUAGUCUGGUUUUGUCGUGUUUCAGAUAUCAGGUUGAAAUGAGGAGGACUUAACUCAAUCAGGGCAGCAUUAGCUGUGUUUUUGUCAAGCCAUCUCUCAAUUAAAAACAUAAAAUCAAGAUUGUAAAAGGAAAUAAAAUGAUUCAUUACAAAUGAUAAUGAUUAAUGUUAAUGAUCUGACGUUCAGUACAGCAUGUUUAAGAUUAGCUACAGUUGAACUGGACGCUGUGUUCUUGCAGGGGAUGUGGAUUAGAUUGCUUUGAUAAGACAGUCUGUCUGUCUCUUAACUAAUCGAUGUGGUUUGACAGCAGUUAUUGUUUUAGGCGAGAACACUCCCUCCCUGGGCCUCUGGUUGAUAUGAGGUUUAGCAACACAGAGGCCCUUAGUGUCCCUAGACAACAGCAUCGACGCUGUUGAGAAUACCAGCUAUGGGCACCGAUGGUGGAGGCCGAGCAGGGGGAGCUUUGGUUGGUGGAGUGGGCUGAGGAGGGAGAGGGGCCCGUUUCUUUUUUGAGGAUAGAAUCCUUGAUCUUGCCAAGUCUGGAGUGAGGAGAACCAUUUUAAUCCCUGAUUUCACCAAGCUUUCAAGACAGUCAGGAAAUCUCAUAGGUGAUGGUGGAGACAGGAACAGUAGUGAAGCAUCUCCGGAGGUUGUAGGUGCAGCAGGUCGGUCCCAGUCCUGUGGUGAGGCCUGUGGUGAAGGCGAGGGAGGAGCUGCUGCAUCUGAAACCUGAGUUCUAGAUUCUGGAGGAGCAGCCUUGGUUGCUGUGGCUAAAACCUUUGCUGGGUGCUUGGGUGGCGAGGCACUUCUCUUGCGCUUCUUCUCAUCUCCCGGUGGCAGCACAAGAUCUCAUCCAGGCCCAUUGUGAUGCCUCAAAGCAUGGAGGAGGUUAUCUGUCAGUUGUCUCACGCCACACCACCUUUCCUUUAAACAGAUACUCUCUUUGCCAGAAGAGAUUGAAAUUCCCAAUGAAGUGCAGUCCUCUGCACUCUCAGAUUUUGGACAGCCAUGUGUUCAACUGAAGCAGCCGGCUGAAUUUGUUCAUCCUCCUGUCGAUGUUUGGGGGAGGUCCACUGAUGCUGAUACUGAUUGAUAUUGACACCUUAUGAAGACUGUCAACUAAUUCAUUAAGUCCUUUUUUAAGGUUUCAGACUUUCUGGUUUCAGUUGCUUUCUGACAUCCACUGCACCCACACGAACAAUCAGAUGUUUCACCCCCUGGUGUUUUGCCAGUUCCUCAGGUACCAGUUUUGUGAUGUCAGAGACAGUGGCACUUGGAUAGCUGAAAGUAGCUAUUAUGUUUAUGUUAGAUAUGACUCCGUGUCCUCGAGGAAUUCUGUGGGAAGUACUUCGGGAGUAUCGGGUAUCGGACCAGCUAAUUCAGGCUGGUUCCCAGGUUCCUUGUAUGACCAGUGUCAGAGUUUGGUUCGUAUUGCCGGUAAUAAGUCGACCCGUUUCCAGUGAGGAUUGGACUCCACCAGGGCUGCCCUUUGACACCAAUUCUGUUCAUUAUUUUUAUGGACAGAAUUUCUAGGCGCAGCUAGGGCGUUGAGGGGUUCCGGUUUGGUGGAUGCAGGAUUGAGUCUCUGCUUUUUGCAAAUGAUGUGGUCCUGCUGGCUUCAUCGAGCCGUGAACUUCAACUUUCUCUGGAUCGGUUCACAGCCGAGUGUGAAGCGGCCGGGAUGACAAUCAGCACCUCCAAGUCCAUGGUUCUCGCACGGAAAAGGGUGGAGUGCCAUCUUCGGGUCGGGGAUGAGAUCCUGCCCCAAGUGGAGGAGUUUAGGUACCUCGGGGUCUUGUUCACGAGUGAGGGAAGGAUGGAACGCGAGAUCGACAAGCGAAUUGGUGCGGCGUCUGCAGUGAUGCGGAUUCUACAUCGGUCUGUUGUGGUGAAGAGAGAGCUAAGCCGAAAGGCAAAGCUCUCAAUUUACCGGUCGAUCUACAUUCCUACCCUCACAUAUGGUCAUGAGCUUUGGGUAGUGACCGAAAGGACAAGAUCGCGGGUACAAGCGGCGAAAUGAGUUUUCUCCAUAGGGUGGCUGGGCUCUCCCUUAGAGAUAAGGUGAGAAGCACUGUCAUCCGGGAUAGACUCGGAGUAGAACCGCUACUGCUCUGCAUUGAGAGGAGCCAGAGGAAGUGGCUUGGGCAUCUGGUCAGGAUGCCUCCCGGACGCCUCCCUGGGGAGGUGUUCAGGGCAAGUCCGACCGGUAGAAGGCCUCAGGGAAGACCUAGGUCAUGUUGGAGAGACUGUGUCUCCCAACUGCCCUGGGAAUGCCUCAGGAUCCACCGGGAGGAGCCGGACAAAGUGGCCGGGGAGAGGAAAAUCUGGGCCUCCCAGCUUAGGCUGCUGCCCCCGCGACCCGAUCUCGGAUAAGCGGUAGAAGAUGGAUGGAUGGCUCCGUCUCCAAGCACCGGAGUAUCUUUGACCUUGACACUUGGCGCAGUUUUUCUUCAUGGUGAUAGUUUUUUCUCUUUUUAUUAUAAACAGUCACAUUUGGCUCUGACAGUGGUGCAAAUUUGUUUGUUAGCUUUGUUUAAGAUGCUGUUACAUCUCCAUAGCGACUUGGCUUUGGCUUAGCACCAAGUCUAUUAUAAGUGUCUUUACAAAGUCUUGGAAAAGACACAGUAUCGUUUAGGCUAUACAUAACAGUUUGUUCACCCUUUCCUGUGGAGGUAAAUGUGGACAUCUUACUACUGGAUUCCACUGGGAGCGUUGGAAGUCCUUUUUCAGUUUCUCAGGCAAAAAUCCUUGCUUGUAGCGCAUACAUUUCUUGCUGAUAUAUCUAACAGCUUUCACAAGGAGACUUUGUUUGGAUUACUCCUCCGGGCACGUUGAGAAAGCCGCUGGCUUGUCAUCACUUAAAAGAAAUUAAAUAAUCUCCAAGACUUGGGGAAAAAGAAUGAUUUCAAAGUGAAAAAAGAAGUAAGGGCAAAAGCAAGCAGGAGCAAGCAGGGACACGUCUGUGCUUGACAGAAGCAGGAAGCAGAAUUCUGCUUACAGUUCAACAGUCAACACCCCUGGAAUUGGUUGAUUUAAAGGAGACCUACAGUAUUAUACUCAUUUUUGGACCUUUGUAUUGAGUCUGGACUACUAUAGAGCAGCUACAUGCGAUAACCCACAAAGUAAGCUUUCUAGAUCUUCCAGACUCUGCGCCUCUUCCUUGGGUUUCCUGCUUCCUGCCUAAACGUUCUGUGUAAUUUACUCCACCCCUGGUCCUUCUCCAGCCUCCCUCCAAGCUCACGCUGCUGUGAUUGGUCACACUCCCAAGUGUUACCGAAGACAUCCAGACAGCUGCCGAACCUUACUUUCUUAUUUUGCUGGUACAGUAAUUGAUAGUAAACGGUAGGGAUGAGCGAGUACAACACUAUCUGUAUCUGUAUCUGUUCACCCAUCAAAAUUAUCUUUAUCCGUAUCUGUACUCUGAAUGGGAGGGGCAUAAACCGGAAGUAGGUGUGGUUUAACCAGACAUGGGUGGGGCUUAAAUCGGUACAUUAUUUUAUUUCUGAAAUUAACAUGGAUUGAUCAGAAGUUGCUAUAUUUAUUGUUUAUUAUUCAGCUAUAUGUGUACUGUAAGACUUACUAGUUUUUAGUAUCAACUCUUCUACAACUUGAAUUUUUUUCUUAGCUACUUGAUUCUUUUUUGUUUUAUUGUUCCAGUUUUAUUUUAUAUUUUAUUUCUACAAUUUGCUGUUCACUGGCCUAUAAAAAAUGAGGUUCACAAAUGGCCUGCUCGCCACACUUUGGACAUCCCUGAUUUGCGUAUUUCACAGGGAGGGGGAGUGUUAAAAAAAUUAGUGUCUCCAUGCUGUGUUUUUGUAACACUUUCACUAAAUGAUCCGCGCCACAAGCAAAGGCUGGCGGCAGGUACCUCCAAACUAGGUAUUUUAGACACGUUCUGUAAAAAAAACCAAACAUUCUUUUCAGUGAAGUCAAACUCCUUUUCUCAGUGUCAGCAUCACUUAUAGAUUUUGAAAAACCAGGGUGAAAAAGCCUGCAUGUUAGCUUUCCAAAGAGCCCUAGUUCAGGUGCAGGUUUAAAUUUAAUUUGGGUAUGACAUUUUUAGGCAGUCUACCAAAACUUUAUCUACUAUUAUCCAUUUUUAAUCAUUUAAAUGGAUGCCUUCUGUCCUUAUGGCUGCCAGCCUCCAACCAGAAAAAUGUAUUUAUUUUAUCUUAAUUUGAUCUCUGUUUCUCUAAGUAGCUGUAAUGAAAAGUCCAAGAUGAAAGUGCUAAUUAAGCUGCAGAGUUUGUUUCUUCAGUAUACAUUUUCUGUCAUUGUUCUCUCAUUGGCCCUCGCUCUCUCUGUAUGUUUAGCUUGAUCUUUUCAAAUUUAUUUCCUACUCCAUAACCAGAGGCAAGAACCCUUGACUUACUGCCCCUACAGCUGCCGCCAAGGCAGCCAUUUAAGUUGUGAUUAAAAAUUAAUGGUUGAGUGAGAGUCAGCAAAGAACAGAACAAGGGAGGGCAGCCUAAGAAACGGGCAAUGCUUGAGCAAGCGGGAAGAGCAAGCCCAAGCAGCAGCAGCUGCUCCCUAAUAGAAGAUUGGAAAGUCUCUCCACAAUUCUGCUGUGUUUAACUGCUCUGCUCACACCCCACCAUGAAUAUUGCAUUACGGCACUACAGGGCCUCUUUGUGUGACCUCUGACUGAGUGUUGAGCAGAGUUAUAGCAAUGGAGCUCAAGCAUCCACAUCAGGCUUGCCCCCAUUGGCACACCAUACAAACUAGGACCGACUUUAUCCCUGAAUAAUCUCGAGGCACAUUCAGAGGGAUACUUGUUUCAUUGUCCUAACGACAGAUAACCCUAGCCCUAACCACCAAAUGGUGGAAGUUUUGCCUUUAACAGUAAAAAUGACAAUGUUAAUAUUAGCAUGCUAGUGCUAACAUGCUAUAUAGGGUUCUACUCAUGUAAACAGCUAAAAUGCUACUAUGCUAAUGUUAGCAUGUUAGCAAUGUUUUGUUCUCAUGCUAACACCUAGCAUAAUAGUCCUAAGUGUUUAUAUAAAUGUCUACUUGUGAAAAUGGAUAAAAAUGCUAGUAUGCUACUGUUAGCAUGCUAGCAAUACUAACAUGCUAACUGCUAGCGUGCUUGCACGUAGCAUGAUAGCAUUGUAAACGAUAACCCUAACUCUAACACUAACCACCAAAUGGUGGAGGUUUCGCCUUUAACAGUAAAAAAAAACAUCAGGAAAAACUAAUGGUUCCCAAUGGCUCCCAACAACGCGAGCCGGCUCUUGUAGUUAAUUUCAAAGAUCCGUCUCUGAGAGUUGAUUCGUUCGGAAUCGACACAGCACUACGUGCAGCUUAGGAGUGACAGACACUUUAGGAGGGGCACCUGAGGGAAUCUUCAAAGAAAAGGCCCACAUUUUAUGGCGUAGACCAAAAAUCUUUGCAAAACAAAAUGUGGAAUUGUGGAAAAUCUGGGAUGUUUUUGAAAAAUCUGAAUACAUUGCUAACUAUUCCCAAAUGAGCUGAACAAUUUGAUGCUUGAAUGGUUUGAAUCGGUUGAAAAAUGAAGGGGCAGCUAGGGUCCCAAAAAAUAAUAAGAAUAAGAAUAUUAAGAAUAUUAAAUAGAAAAAAAUGGCACAUAACAAUGAGGGUUGAAUAAUGUUGAGUGUAACUUAAUAUUCUGUAGCCACCAUAACAAAAUAUUAUGUCCAAUUGCAUUUCCAAUGAAGAAUUCAUUCAGUUGGUUUCAUUGUGUUUAUAUUUGUGCAUUUGUUUUUUGACUGCUGUUUUCUGUUAUAUGUACACAGCCACAGUGUAGUAGGGGUGUUCACACUUUUUCAGCCUGCGAGCGACUUUUAAAAUGACCAACUCCCAAAAAUCUACCUCCUACUAUAAAUAUAGAAAACAUAUAUUUACUAUAUUUAUUUUUAAAAAUGUAGUAUGCAGUAUUGUAUGUAUUAGAGGGGGGAAUCUCUGGCCACCUCACGAUUCGAUGCGAUUAGGAUUCAGAGGCCUGCGAUGUGAAGAUAAAACGAUGAUCGAUGCAUCUCGAUGCAUCUUUUUUUUCUGAUCAAUAGUUUGUCAAUUUUUUUUAUGUGUAAUUUUUUUUUGAUGCAGUUUUUUUUUUACUCACUGUACUACUAAAACAAAGCAUAUUUGUGAUGAUCCACAAUUAAAUUAAUACAAAACAGAUGAAUUUAUUUCCAUUAUCUUAAUAAUUGGAACAACAUAUUUCCCAUUGUACAGAACCAGCAGGAAAAGUCAGUUGCGGCAGUAGCAGCAUUCAUAAAAUUAACACAAACCAGCAUAUUCUGAAUAACCAACAUUGAAAAAAUAUGCCAUUUUUCAUAAUUAAAUAAUAACGAUUUCUGAAUUCAAACUAACAUCCUGAGCAUAGAAUAUCUGACAAAAAUAAUAUUUUUGCUGUAUUGCAAAGCCAAAAACAACUUUCAUGCAAAAUAUAGAUUACUGUACCAGAAGUUCACAUACAAGAAUAAUGCUUGCAGACUUCAGUAUAUUAUGAAUAACCCAAAAAAAAAUAGAAUGCCCUUAUUCACAAAAAAUACAAAUGAAUAGGUUAAUUGGAGACUCUAAAUUGUCCAUAAGUAUGAAUGUGAGUGUGAAUGGUUGUUUGUUGUUUGGUUAUAUGUGCCCUGCUAUUGGCUGGCGACCCCUCCAGGGUAUACCCCGCCUGUCACCCGAAGUCAGCUGGGAUAGGCUCCAGCAUGCCCCCGGGACCCUAAUGAGGAAAAGCGGCAUAGAAAAUGGAUGGAUGAAUAGGCCACCUGAAAUGCCUCUGCAACAUUAUUGAACAGCUCAGCCAUAUUCGCACCCGUAUGGCUCUCAUUCAUUCCUGUCGUUUGUAGCAAAUGAGACACUAGCUUCCAGUCAUCAGUAAUGAAGUGCACUGUUACGGCGACAUAACAGCGCCUUUUCCGAGUUGGGUGGAAAGUUCGUGAUCACUUGCUCGAUGGUUCUCUGGCCAGCAGGAACUUCAGCUGGCUGUUUUUCCUCCCUCGUUCGAGUGGAAACAUGCUAUGUGGUUUUUCAUAUUUGUCGUGUUCCCUCUUCUUUUCCUUUCGGCUUUUCCCUUCAGGGGUCGCCACAGCGAAUCAUUUGCCUCCAUCUAACCCUGUCUUCUGCAUCCUCUUCUCUCACACCAUCUACCUUCAUGUCCUCUUUCACUACAUCCAUAAACCUCCUCUUUGGUCUUCCUCUAGGCCUCCUGCCUGGCAGUUCAAAACUCAGCAUCCCUCUACCUAUAUAUUCCCUAUCUCUCCUCUGGACAUGUCCAAACCAUCUCAGUCUGGCCUCUCUGACUUUAUCUCCAAAACCUCUAACAUGUGCUGUCCCUCUGAUGUACUCAUUCCUGAUCCUAUCCUUCCUGGUCACUCCCAGAGAGAACCUCAGCAUCUUCAUCUCUGCUAACUCCAGCUCUUUCUCCUGUCUUUUCCUCAUUGACACUUUGUCUUUAGACCAAACAACAUCGCUGGUCUCACCACAGUUUUGUACACCUUUCCUUUCAUUUUAGCUGAAACUCUUCUAUUACACAUCACACCUGACACUUUUCUCCACCCGUACCAUCCUGCCUGUACACACUUCUUCACCUCUUUUCCACACUCUCCAUUGCUCUGGACCGUUGACCCUAAGUACUUAAAAUCGUCCACCUUCUUGAUCUCUUCUCCCAGUAACCUCACUCUUCCACUUGGGUCCCUCUCAUUCACACACAUGUACUCUGUCUUACUGCGGCAAACCUCCACCUCUCUAGCUUCUCCUCCACCUGUUCCCUGCUCUCACUGCAGAUCACAAUGUCAUCUGCAAACAUCAUAGACCAUGUAGAUUCCUGUCUAACCUCGUCUGUCAGGCUGUCCAUCACCAUAGCGAACAAGAAGGGGCUCAGAGCUGAUCCCUGAUGCAGUCCCACCUCCACCUUGAACUCCUCUGUCACACCUACAGCGCAGCUCAUCACUGUCUUACAGUCCUCAUACAUGUCCUGCACCGCUCUAACAUACUUCUUUGCCACUCCAGACUUCCUCAUACAAUACCACAGUUCCUCUCUGAGCACCCUGUCAUAAGCUUUCUCCAGAUCUACAAAAACACGAUGCAGCUCUGUCUGGCCUUCUCUGUACUUCUCUAUCAACAUCCUCAAAGCAAAUACUGCCUCUGUAGUACUCUUUUUUUUUUUUUUUUUUUUUUUGGGCAUGAAACUAUACUGCUGCUCACAAAUGCUCACUUGUGCCCUUAGUCUAGCUUCAACUACUCUUUCCCAUAACUUCAUUGUAUGGCUCAUCAGCUUUAUUCCUCUGUAGUUGCCACAACUCUUCACAUCUCCCUUGUUCUUAAAAAUGGGCACCAACAUUAUCUAACAUCCUGUUGACAACCCAGUCAGAAACUCUACUGCCACCUCUCCUAGACACUUCCAAACCUCUACAGGUAUAUCAUCAGGACCGACGGCCUUUCCACUCUUCGUCCUCUUCAAUGCCCUCCUCACUUCAUCCUGACUAAUCUUUGCUACUUCCUGGUCCACAAAAGUCACCUCUUUUAGUCUUUGUUCUUUCUCAUUUUCCACGUUCAUCAGCUCUUCAAAGUACUCUUUCCAUCUUCCCAUCACACUACUGGCACUUGUCAAUAGACUUCCAUCCCUUUCCUUAAUCACAUUAACCUGCUGCACGUCCUUCCCAUCUCUGUCACUGUCUUGCCAACCUGUAUAGAUCAGUCUCUCCCUCCUUACUAUCCAACCUAGCAUACCAGUCAUCAUUAGCCCCUUGUUUGGCCUUUGCUACCUCUACUUUCACCUUACGCUGCAUCUCCCUGUACUCCUGUCUACUCUCCUCUGUCCUCUGUGUGCCACUUCUUCUUAGCUAACCUCUUUUUCUGUAUACACUCCUAUACCCGUGUUCCCAAAAUAUUUUAAGCUUGCAUGACAUUUACAAAGUGCCGUUUACGCAAUCGACCCAAACUACUUUGGCAAUCUGCCAGUAGCUCGCAAUUGACGUAAUGGGUACCCCUUGUGUAGAUAUUAUAUGGUUGAACUUGACUGGUCAAAGUUAAAUUGCAUUGUCAUCAUGGUGAACGGAGCUCAAGUAAUAUUGACUGUCCUUCUUCCCCGCUUUUAAGUUCACUGAAUAUGUGCUCCCUAUUCCCUUUGACUUUACAGCAAUACACUCAGCGUUCUUUGUGAUACCCAACGAUGAUGUAUGCCUGUACAAAAGGAUGUAAUCUAAGAAUGUCAAGUGUUGGCUAUCUCCGUUGCAAUAUGCUUUUGGCCAACUCCCUUUUGCUGCACACUGUUCUUUCCGUUUAUCCACACUUCUUAUAAUCUGUUAAUUCUGUCCUAUUUCUUCUGCUGCCAUCACUGUGUUUGCUUGAGGUGGUAUUUGCAAUGCUAAUGAGGCAAGACAGCAAGUAAUGGGUGGUCGGGAAAAUAUGCUGCCUGUAAAGAUGGUGAUAGGGUAAAAUGGAUUUCUGUAGCACUUCAUUAUUUUACUUACGUUGUCAUUAUAUCAUUAUUGCUAAGACUCAGAAGUUGUAGCGGUAGUGAUCCGGAAACAUUUUUGAAUGUUAGUGUUGGUUGAAAGAAGCACAACAAAAUGAUUUACAAUAAUAUUAUACAAAAGUUUAUAUACUAAACCUCACUUUUACAAUACUUUUGUUCAGAAGUGAACUUUUGAGAGUGUGUAUGAGUGAAAAAUGAUUUGGACUCAAACAGGCUGUCACUCAGCACUGAUAUUGUGGUUUCAGUGUGCACCAUUUUUGAAUUUUAGGAAGUACUAGGCAGCUUCCACGUCACCUGGCAAUAAUACUCCCACUUUAAACCAACCACUGAUUCUAAGUAUCUUAGACUCAAAUAAUUGGUAUUUAUCUUAGAACUCUCCCAUGUAGGCUGUUUUUGCCCAGUUGUCUUUCUUAUGGUGGAGUCAUGAACACUGACCUUAACUGAGGCAAGUGAGGCCUGCAGUUCUUUAGAUGUUGUUGUGGGGUCUUUUGUGACCUAUUGGGUGAGUCUUUGCUGCGCUUUUGGGGUAAUUUUGGUUGGCCGGACACUCCUGGGAAGGUUCACCCCUGUUCAAUGUUUUCGCCAUUUGUGGAUAAAUGGCUCUCACUUACCCUUUUCCAUUGUAGUGAACUUUGGUGUUGGAUUAAGUUCGAGGCCAGGGUGGAACCAUGUUGUCUGCAAACUGACUCGACACUAAUUUCAUUUUCAAUUGUCCUGGAGAGCCAAGUCAUUACGUAACAGGGGUUACGCCAAUCAGGAAAUAACAGGACAUUUCAAGUGUUGACCAUUUUUUAAUCAAAAUACACAACUCACUAUAGUCCUUGACACCGCCCACUAUUUACAGGUAAAAAUAUAAAUAUAAAGGUGCAAAAAUGUCAACGAAGGUGAAAAAUGCAAAACAUUUUAACAUAAAGAUUUAACAUAAAGAUUGCACGCUUCGGGUUUGUGCGGAGCUCGUAGCGAGGGGAGGAUGAUCCUUUUCAUCACCUUUGCUUUCUGACAGAAAGUUAACAACAUAUUAAACCAGAACAAAGUUUCACAAUGAAUGUUACUUCUUACAUGACUAUAGUUGUACAGUGAAACUAGUUUGCUGCCAUACGCACAAAUGAGAAGGGACGGGUGGUGAGGCUUUCAUUCAUUCGACAAUAGCAAGCUAGCAGGCAAGUGUUUACACCCAAAACUGUGCUGUGAACUUUCAAUUUAACGAAUAUAACUUAUGGCAGUCCUUGCAGGUCUGCCUUGUGCCUGGGGCUUCCUCUGUGAUGGCCUCCAGGUUUUGGUGAAGUUCUACGGGUGUUGUAGUAUUUAACGCACCAUCAAGCUGGCUUGCCGGUCUGUGGCCCAAAACUUUGUCGAGCUCCUCAAAAUAAGGCAUUUCUCUCCUCUGACCACUGCCACUCCUGCCUUGGUCCUUUUUUUAUAUUGUAGUCCUUUAAUAUCUUGAGUUUGUUGUUAUUUUUUGGAAAUCCCGAACAAAAUCCGCAGCAGCCAUCUUGCUUCUGAUGCAUUCCAAUAUUGGCCGGGUUCUUGUCACCGUUUAAAAUUUCUUCUGUACUUUUCCGAUGUCCAAAUGGACAAGAGAAGUGCUGAUCUGAAGUGCUGUAUGUUUUGCAAGUUUUAUCCCCGACUACACCCACAAUGUCGACGAAACCUUCUGCACCGUCAAAGGCACCUGCGGUCGCACCCAAAAUGCAGAGGAGGAUGCUAACCAUCGCACAAAAAGUGCUUCUGGAGGAGGAAAAUACGACGACAGGAGCGAUAUGUUUUAACAAGGAUACACAAACUAGGCAUGAGCGAGUACACCACUAUCUGUAUCUGUAUCCACCCAUCUAAAUUAUCUGUACUCGGAGGUGGGCAUGGUUUAACAGGAAAUGGGUGGGGCUUAAAUCAGUACAUUAUUUUAAAGUAUGAAAUUGACAUGGAUUGAUCAGAAGUUGCUAUAUUAUUGUUCAUUAUUCAGCUAUAUGUGUUCUGUGUAUGUGUGUAAGCGAUCUGUAAGACUUCUUCGAUUUUAGAAGGGCUGUCAAAAAUAGUGUGUUAACAUUGGUAACUAAUUUAUUUCAUCCAUCUAUCCGUCCAUCGAUUUUCGAUGCCACUUAUUAGGGUCGCUUGGGUAUGCUGGAGCCUAUCCCAGCUAACUUUGGGAGAGAGGCGGGGUACAACCUGGACUGGUCGCCAGCCAAUUGCAGUUUAUAUCAUUAAUUACAUAAAACAGUUUAAAUAAUUUAUUUAACGCAUACGCAUCUUUUUUUUAUGCAUACGCAUCAUGGCAAGCCACUGCUCGCUGUUAUGACGACCGACAGCAGCACAGUGUAGCUCCCCACAGAGUCUUUCGGUCCUUCAUAACUUUAUUCUGACCUGAACACAUCAACAGCAGUGCAAUUCAAACACCAUAUAUGUAUUUCCAACUGUAAACAAACUAAAUAAACGUCUCUACUCCAUUCGUCACACUUCCUUGUUGUUACUAGACAGACCAAGAAAUGCAUUCACAGACACUGCGAACAUCAGUCACAUCAACGUCUUUAUGAUGCGCGUAUGUGGGGUCUAAAUCGGCUCAUCAACAUGGUGCUUGCGGUCACCAGGUGGCCCCUCAGGACCACAUGAGUCACCUGCCAGCCUGUUCUAAAGAUACAGGUAGCUCAAAUAGUACCACUUGCGAGCUGCAUCACAUUUUUAUUGGUUGCUAUUCUUGUUUAAAUCACACUUACAUGUAAACUGGAAAUUACAGUAUAUUAAAAAAAAACACAAACAUUUGUACCAAAGACUGUUUUAGUAGUGCACAUUCUCCUUUUUUCCUUUUCCAAGUUUGCUUCUAUAAAUGUGAGUAACUUGGUUCAUUCUCAUUCAUUAAAUGCUACACACUGUUUGCACUGUGAUAUUGUAUGCGUUGUAUGCCUUAAGCAUCAAGCCACCGAGCUGGUCACUAACUGCUGAGCUAAGCCAAUUCAUUAUAUUGUUAGCAUGCUAUUUCAAUGUGUUUAGUGUGCUGCUGCUAGAUGAGAUGUUAUAUUGCUGUGCACUUGUAUA